ACAUUCCUGUUUAUUAUUUCUAAUUUUUAUCAUUUUUGCUAAAUUGCUCAGUGUGGAUAGAAAGUAAGUAGAUAGGAGUAAAAUAAGUCCAAACUGAGCCCGAGGAGUGGGAGGGGGUGGAUAGGUGUGGGUGGGAAGUGACGUAAGGGGAAAUUUUGCAUUUGGAGCAUCCUUUCACACGGCUAUUAAUUAUCAUUCUUAAUAACAAUUCCUUUAAUAACUGUUCACAUCCUCGGACCACACUGCACUAAGGCUUUUGGGCCACUCUGUAUAUUUCUGGUAAGUUGUCUCUCCAUCUUGUAUCACCUUUUAUUAGAACCACCUAAUAUGUUUUCUCCCCCUCCCCCGCCCCACCAGCUUCCCUGUUUAUUCUAGACUUAACUUUGUUUGGGCACAGUGUUUUCCAUUUCGCUUAGCGGACUUAUCCAGUCGCCCUAGUUUGGUUAAGAAUUGCCACGCAGCCAUGUUCCCUUUUUAGGUUAACAGACUCUCGGAUCCAGUUAUUCUGGUGCUCCCGCCACCCAAACGCCCCGCCCUCACACUACGCCUUUAUGACUUUCUCCAGGCCUAUCUGUUCUCCCCCGGACGUGGGUGCCUUUAACUCUCUCUCGCCUUGGGAUUGGCCGAGGCCUCGAGAUAUUUUCACCAAUCACCUUGAUUUUCUAAAACCUCUUGAGUCGGAAGGGCCAAUGGGCAUCAAGAUUACUGUUUCUCGAAUACGAGUUUAAACUGUUGGCGCCGGCGUCUGCUGGUGGCGGAGGGAAGAGCAGUUGAUGGCUUCGCUUGUAUAGAAGUAGCUGCGUACCUCGUAGUUUUUCGUUUUAUUUGUUCCUGUAUAUAUUUAUUUUAUUAACUUGUGCGUCUCUGGUCUGAAGGAGCAUCAGAGAGCGCGAAGUGUCGGGGCCAUGUCCGUAUCGAAUCUGGCACUGAGAUGGGUGCAAGGAUUUCCCAAGCAGAACAUUGAUUUUAUCGACAACAGCACAAUUUGCUAUACUUGUGGGAAUUACUUAAUUUUUGUUAACAUUGAAAAUGAGAAAAGAUAUCUUCUACAGUGUAUGAGUGGAAAAGUGGGUGCUCUGGCAACUAACAUUCCCUUUCAAGUGGUGGCUUUUUCAGAUCGAAAGCUUAAACCCAGUAUCUACAUAUACACCUUUCCUGAGUUGAACAGAAAGGCAAAAUUGAAAGGUCAUGCUCAGCUGGAUUAUGCUUUACUUGAAUUUAGUUAUUGUGGUACGUACAUGGCUAGUUAUUCUGCAAUUCCAGAAUAUGAACUAAUGCUUUGGAACUGGGAAAAAAGGAUUAUUUUGUGUAGCCGUUUACAACCAGGUGUGGAAGUUAGCCAGAUGACUUUUAAUCCCAUGAACUGGCAACAAAUGUGUUUGUCCAGUGCAAGUGCUUUAACUAUAUGGAAUAUUGAAAGAAGUGACAAGACUUAUUAUCUCAAGCCAAAGUCAGUCAACCUACCUGCAGAAGAUGGAACAUAUAUUUGUGAACCAGAUGGAAUGUUCACUUACACAGAGGUUAAAGAUACUAUCUAUGGACCUGAGUUACUGCUUUCUUCCAUUGCUGGGCUAGUUGGUAUAGAAGCAGAAACAUUCAAGCCUAAAGAUGAUUUGCAUCCCUUGGUCCAUCCUACUACACACUGCUGGAACUCAACAAAUGAACUCUAUGUGAGUUGUGAAGAGGGUCAUGUUCUUUUGAUAAAUGCAGAAAAUCUACUUGUUACUGUCCUGUCUCGGAUUGCUCAAGUACCACAAGAUGAAAAUAUAAUUACCUUGUUGCCUUCAUCCACUGUGGCUGAAGAAAAGUGGACACAAAGAGGAGUAAAUGAAGAAAUCCAUUCUAAAGAUACCAGCAUAAACACCAUGGCAUUUCACAGAGAAGGAUUAUUUGUUUCUGGAAAUGAUGGUAUUGUGCAUUCUUUUAUUGUCAAGGAAGUAAAUUACACAGUAAAAGACUAUUUUGAUGUUCAAGAGCCUAUAGGAAAUAUUAUAUUCUCUCCUGAUUACAAAUUGUUACUGAUUGAAACUAUUAAGGGAUCAGUUUAUACCUAUUCUUUUGAUGAAGAACCAAAAGUUGAAACAAUCUUGGAUGCAUAUGAUGGAUAUAUACAGGCAGUUGACUUUAUCACACCUGGAAACAAAUACUGCAUGUCAGUAACCAUUUUGGGAGAAAUCUGUAUUUGGUUGUUAGAGAAUGGAUCUCAUGUCAGCAAAUUACACCUCAGGACUGAGGUAAAUGAUAUGGCUUGCUGCCCUUCCUCACUUUCAGUCGCUGUGGGAACCAAUGAAGGAUAUAUCCAAUUCCUUGACGUAACUGAUGUUGCAUUACCUCAAGUUGCUCAUAGUGUCUUCUUGACUCGAUCUUCUAUACAGCACGUUCAUUAUGACCAGAAGGGUCAAUAUUUGAUAACUGGAACUUCUGAUGGACAUAUCUUCAUUUUAAAUGCCAACCCUUCACAGUUAUUUGAAGUCCUUGGAUUCACAGAAAUAAAUGAUUACAUUGAACAAAUGUCUGUAAUCUACAUUUCUGAAACAAAACUACUUGAAGUAAUGGUGUUUGUCAAGACUUCAGAAAGUGAAAAAAGCAGAUUAGAAAUAUUUUUUCUGCCUGAAGCAACUUUAAGAGACCCUGGCAAAUGUUGUAAUGAAAGAGGAAGGCUGAAGAAUGAUUUCUUUGAGAGGAAAAUAUAUGAAAUAAAUCACCCUUUAACUUCUGUUCUCUUCGAUUUAAACUGUGAACAAUUAUAUGGCUAUUGUAGCCAUGUGCCAUAUAUCUGUAGCUAUGAUAUUCCUAAAAAGAACAGCGAAGUUAUAGUUCUCCAACCAAAGAUCAAAAUGCAAAGCAGACAUUUUGGAACUGGAAUAUUGUGCCUAUCAUCUCAUGGAAAGUGGUUAGCAUCAACAGCCAAAGAUGGAAUACUGAGUAUCCGUGAUAUUAAUAAUUUGGAAACAUUUGCUCAGAUUCAAUGCCAUUCUUACCAGGCACAAGGAAUUCGAUCACUGGCAUUUUCACUUGAUGGUCGUUCCAUAUUAGCGAAUGGUAGGGAAGACGGUACCCUUGUUUGUCUGAGAUGGAAAAAGUUAACUGAAUCCCUAGCUCAAGAAGCUGCUAAGCAUUUUCACACCUUUCUAGACAUUUUGAAAGGAAGCAUUGCAAAGGAAAAUUCUGCUUUAUUGAAGAUGAGAGAGAACCAGAUCAGUUCUGAUUUAGCCGCUAAACAAUCAGUAUUUUACAAAGUGAAACCAAAGAUAGUCCGAUUUUCACUAGAUGAAUAUUCAGACGUGGAUGGAGCCAAUGAACAAGAAAUAACCUGGAUAGAAAAGAAAGAUGAUGAGGCUGUUCAACAAGAGAUUAAAAAAUUUAAAGGGAAAAAAAAUGAGAUAAAAGAAGGAAUGAAAACACUGGCUAAAAUUAUUCAGAAAAUGAUGGAGGAAAAUGAUUUGGCACCUGAGAUUGCACAACUGGAACAACAGGAAUAUACUCUGGAUAUUGAAGAAAUGAAAAAACUGUACGAUGAAAAUGAUAAAGAAGAAGCAAAGAUAAGAAAGGAAACAGAAAUGGGAAAUCUGGCUAAGUUGUAUUUAUGGAACAUUUUAAAAGAAGAAUGCUGGGAUUCCAUGACCAUAAAAGGCCAAGGACUUAUGUCUUUUCAUACUAAAUUGAAAGUCCAGAAUUUCCCGAUGAAAGAGCGAACUCCAGAAGAAUUGAAAGAAUUAGAGACAGUUUUACGGAUAAGGAAGCUUGAAGUAGCUGAACUUAAACUGCGAGAGCAAAUUUUAGAGGCACCUUCCUCAGCUUCUUUACUGACUCCUGUAAAAUCCCAAGAAGAAGAGGAAGAGGAAGACGAUGAGGAAGAAGAUGAAGUAGAAGAAGAAGAAGUCAGCACACCCUUUUAUCUACUUGGAAGUUUAUGUACAAGCUUUACCACAAAUACAGACAUGUUGAAUAGCCAAUUGGAACUUCAUACCAGAGAGGAAAAAAUCAACCAGAUUAUAUUAUUAAAGGACAUUAUUUACCAGGUUAAAAUCAUUUUUAAUCGUGAGUUUGAUGCUACCUUUGAACAAAAAAAAUUGGAAAUAGCACGUGUGAGGGAAAAAAAUAUAAGAAUUCAGGAAAUCAUCAUGGAUUUAGAUCUUGGGGAGGAGGUCUGGCAACCAGAAAUAGAAGACUGCGAGAAACCAGAUUUAAUUCUAACGGUAGAAGACAACGAGAUUAAAGUUGAAAAAUAUCUUACUCCAUGGCAAAAAGAACAAGCAGCAAUAGCUGCAGCCCUUGAAUUAGAACGACUUCUUUUAGCUCAGAAAGAUGAUUCAAGACGUCGUGCUUUGAUGGAAAUGAUGCAUGGAGUUUUGGAAGUCAAGAAAGAAGAUAUUUUGAAGAUGGUAAUUCCUCAGCCUUCCUUUAUGGUCUCCAAAGUGGAGGAAGUAUGGAAUGAUGAUGAAAGGAAACGAGUCAAAGAAUAUGAGAAAAAAGUCAAAGAGUUAAAUGAGGAAAAAGAGAAGUAUAAAAAGUCACUGGAUGCUGAAUUAAAGAAGAUUCAAGGUUCUAUUGAAGAAUUGACACAGGCCUUUGAUGACAAUCUGAAAAAACUCUUUGAGAGAAAGGUGUUAGCAGAAAUGGUUAUCAAUCAGGAGGAAUUAAAAAUAGCCAACCUCAUUUUCUCUUUAGUCUUGGAUGAAGAAUUAAACACAAGGGAAUUAGGACUGAACAAUUUCCUUGAAAGAAAACAGACAGCAAAAAAAAAUACUUCUAAGGAAGUCUUCGUGGCCAGAGAUGAAGUUGAUACAUACAGAGAAAACUAUGACAAUUUAGUUGCAGAGGACAAAGUUAUAGAGCGUGGAUUUAAAAAAGAAUUUGUUGAACUUAGCAGCCAUCAUGCUGAAAUACUCAUCAAACUAUUUAAACGCCGGCCAAGGAUGGCAAAGCAGAGAGUUCAAAUAGAGAGUACUACUCCCUUUGGCACUCGGAUUGGAUCUGAAAGACUCAAGAAGGAUAACCUUGCCCAAAUCAUGAAAGCCAUGGAUGAUCUAGAUAAUGUAAAUCACAUGCCAGAGGGCUUAGAUCCUGGGAUCUGGCAAUAUUUCUGUGCUGCAAGACGAACCAAAAUAGAAAAUGAGCAGAGGGUAAAGCGGAAAGCUGCUGGUUUAUUGGAAAUGCAGGCCUUCCUUCGAAGAAGAAUAGAGGAGGAUGAAAAGAUUCAAAGCGACAUUGACAAAAUUUUCCAGGAACUCUUUGUAUUACAGAAGGAUAGAAGUAAUUAUCAAAUGGAUUUGACAGUUCAGUUCUUGCUUAAACAAGGACAAGUGGAGACAGAAGAUUUACAAUUUAUGAUAGGCUUCUCUGACUUUAUUAUCAUUAACAGGAGUAUAAUUGAGGAUCUGAAUAAGGCAAUCCGGACCCAAGGUAUGAAGAAAGUUGCCAACUUGGUUGAAAAGAAAAAUUAUCAGAAAGGAAUAUCUCAGAUCGAAUGGGACCAUAAAAAAAUGGAGAUGGAAAUGGAAGAUCUAACUCAAAGGUCUUGGGAUAUUCAGAUGCUGUUUUUUUCAAGAGCUCAUCAGAGGUAUAUAUCAGAAGAUGAUCAUGAAAUCACAAUUGGAUUUCAGAUUUCUCAAAUGGAGCAGUCUCUUGCUGCUCUAGAAAAAAAACACAAAAAAGAUGUGGAAUUCCAAAAACGGUUAUUCAAGGACCUGAGAAAAAUCAACACCAAAAAGGAUAUAGCAAAUUAUAUUCUAAGCUGCAAUCUACAUGAACACUUGGUGUGUAACUCUGAAAGAAAACACAUCUGUCAAUCAUUUGGGCUUCCACUGACCUAUGAAAAGAUUUCCAGGGAACGUAAUGAGGCUACACUACAACAACAAAAGUUAAUAAAUAUUUCAAAAGAGCAAUUUGAACAAAUUUCAAUUUUGCAGGCAGAAGUUGAAAGAUUAAGAAUGAAAACAUUUCCUGCUCUUAUUCAUAUGUAGAAAUACUGGCACUGUGUGAGGCAGAAGAUAUCAUAUAUGAAGAAAUUUCUGUUCUGUUCUGUUCUGUUUGAAAUUUCUUUUCUUCAGUGAAAGGAAAACUAAAUAAUG